UCCGCCUUCCCCUCCAUGCAAUUCCCAGCACUUCAUCGACGCUGGGACCCGACGUUUCUCCAUAAAAUCACCAGGGCGCACGGGGAACGCUCGGAGAUAAAUUCAAACAAACUCAAACCAGCCCGGCCGAGCGGCCCCUCCCGGCACCGGACCCGGCAGCCUGCGGGGACACGGGAGGGAAAAUCUUCACUGACGAUCCAGUUUGUUGAAGGACAGUUUGUUGAUUCAUAUGAUCCAACCAUAGAGAACACUUUUACAAAACUGAUCACAGUAAAUGGCCAAGAAUAUCAUCUUCAGCUGGUUGACACUGCUGGCCAGGAUGAAUACUCCAUAUUUCCUCAGACGUACUCCAUAGACAUCAAUGGCUACAUUCUUGUUUAUUCAGUCACAUCAAUAAAAAGUUUUGAAGUGAUAAAAGUUAUCCAUGGCAAGUUAUUGGAUAUGGUGGGAAAAGUCCAAAUACCCAUUAUGCUGGUUGGAAAUAAAAAAGACCUGCAUAUGGAACGGGUGAUCAGCUAUGAAGAAGGGAAAGCUUUAGCAGAAUCCUGGAACGCAGCUUUCUUGGAAUCUUCUGCUAAAGAAAAUCAGACUGCCGUUGAUGUUUUUAAGAGGAUAAUUUUGGAGGCAGAAAAAAUCGAUGGGGCAGCUUCACAAGGGAAGUCUUCAUGCUCAGUAAUGUAAUUCCACUGCAGAACCUGAAAACACUGGGAAUACAUUCUACCUGAAGAAGCAAAACUGCCCAUUAUCUUUAAGGAUAAACUAUGCUUCUUUUUUUUUUUUUCCUUUUUUUUUUUCAGUUUUUUUUUCUUCUGUUAACCUGAAAGAUAAACAGUUGGUUUGGAGCCUUUCCCUUCAGAUUAUGUUAAACUGACUCCUGUGCAAAUGGCUUCACUUCCAUUUUCAAAUUUUAAGCAAUCAUAUUUUCAAUUUAUAUAUUGUAUUUCUUAAUAUUAUGACCAAGAAUUUUACUGGCAUUAAUUUUUCAGUGUAGUUUGUUGGUUAGAAUAAUCAUCAAAAUGAUGCAUAUUGUUACACUACUAUUAACUAGGCUUGGAUAUCAGUGUUUCUUUGUGUUAAAUGUAUACUUGUAAAUAAAAUAGCUGCAAACCUUAAA